UUUUUUAUAUAUAUAGUAUUUAUUUUAUUUUAUUUAUUUAUUUUUUUUAUUUAUUUGCCCAGCAUGGAGUUUAUUUUCUUUUACUAAAUGGAGCACACAUUAUUUUUAUUAUUAUUGUCAAAUUACAUUGUUAGUUCCGAGAGAACUUCAGGAAACUGGUUUCUUCAUUACUUCCCAAUUUUCUUUUUGACAUUUCCGAAAAUUCGGAAAAGGUCAAACGAUAUUUUAUAUCAUCACAAAUUGUAUCCACCAAAUUGGUUAUACCCACUUAUACUUGUAUUAUCUUUAGCAACCAUUAUAGCAAUAAGUAAUUGGAAUUAUUUAUUAUUAUUUUCUCCAAGAAAACCAAAUAAUCCGCGUAUUUAUAAUUAUACUCAUCUAAAUUAUCACCAUGAAUGCCAACGCACGUGCAUUCGUUCCACAAAACAUGUCAACAAGGACAAACACCACUUCUUCGCCAUCUAUCUCACGUGUUCAACGUUCGUCCGGUCGCAAUUUCGUAUCGAAUCAGAGCUCGCUCCAGCCUGAAGUAAGAAAAAAUAACUUUAGGAAUCAAAAUUUUCAUUCACAAGGGGAUCAAAAUGCCCGUUUGAACGUAAACAGGAAUAAUCCUCGACGUAAGCAAAAUCGUCAUUCUUAUCAUCAUCAUAAUCGGAAUCAAUUGGAUGAUGUUAAAAAUAGCGACAGAAAUAGCAGCAGUUCUUCCACAAGCGAGACUGAUAUAAAUCAAGCUCAAGAGACAGAUCAUUCUGUUGAUGUAGUCGAAACUAAUCUUAGUGAUUUGUCUCUUAACGAUCCGAGUUACAUGGCUUAUGGUGCUCCUAAUAGAAGGGGCCAAAUCUCUCUUAAUCAUCUUUUGAAUUUCUCAUUUCCACCAAGACAAAGUUAUCAAGCUAAUACUCCUCGAAGACAGAGAACAGUUAAUUACCAACCAUAUAAUAAAGAACGCUUUUUGAAUGCCAAUUUUAGAUUUCUUGUUAAAUCGAUGGGUGAUUAUACUGCUUAUCAAGUUGAUCCAGAUAUUUUACUUAACUGGGAAGAUAUUGAACAAGUGAUUAUUACUAGUCCUAAUACUCCCAGUUGCCCAAUUUGUUUACAACAACCUACUGCAGCUCGUGUAACUAAAUGUGGUCACACGUUUUGCUUAGCUUGUAUUAUUCAUUAUUUGCAAUUGAAUGAUGAAAACGAGAAGCCUAACAAAAAAUGGCGCAAAUGUCCUAUUUGUUGGGAUUCCGUAUAUGCUAAGGAUCUUAAAAGUGUUAGAUUUUGGGCUGUUAGGACUAUAGGGAAAGUGGGAGAUGGUGGAUUGUUAGAAGGAGAAGAGAAACUUACUAUGCGACUUAUUCAACGACCUAUGAAUUCAACUAUUGCACUUCCGCGUUCACCAACUUGGCCACUUCAUGACCAUGACAACAAUAUUAAUGUUCCUUGGCAUUUUACUCCUAAUGCUCUUACAUUUUCGAAAUUAAUGCUUGCUUCAUUCGAUUAUCUACAAAAUGAAUAUAAUCAUGAUUUAAAGGACCUAAAAAAUGCAUUACAAGAAGCUCAUGAUUGGAAUUCUAAUGAAGAAAUUCCAUUCAUUGAAAUGGCUAUAGUCAAUGUUGAGGAACAUUUGGAGGCUCUAGAAAUGUUUUCCACUAAAGCUUCACUUGAAUCCGAACGACGUGCUCAUGAAAUUUUAGAAAUGGCGGAAUUAGAUUAUAGAAAGGUUAAAGAUACGAUGGAAUCAUUAAAUUCAGUUUUUUCAGUCGAACCAGAAGUAGCAGCUGUGAAUAUAGAUAAUAAAAAUAAUAAAAAUGAUGCAUCACAUAAUGAUAUUAAUAAUAGUCCACCUUCCUUUUUACCAGAUGAUUUUAAAGAUCAUCCUCAUAUUGCAAAUAUAAGUCCAUUAAAACCUGAUGAGAAACAUAAAAUUAAGACUACAAAGGAUUUAAUUGUUGAUGAUAAGACAUAUUAUUAUUAUCAAUCUGAAGAUGGACAACACAUUUAUUUGAAUCCAUUAGACAUUCGAGUUUUAAAACAGGAAUUUGGAACUUAUGAUAAUUUCCCUGAUGAGAUAACUGUUCGUAUUGUUGGAGUUGACGAAUCUACAAUGAAUGAGGAACUUCGUAAACGGUUUAAAUAUAUUAGUCAUUUACCUUUGAGUUGUGAUGUAACUUUUCUAGAAGUAGAUUUGAAAGGAUUCGUUACAGAUGAUUCAUUAAAGAUUUUUGAAAACGAAUUAAAACAACGUUACAAUCGCCGUAAAGAAAAGGCACGUAAAGAAGAAUGGUUACACGAACAGGCAGUUAACAAAGAACGACGUAGCAAAGAUAUGCAACAGGAAUCUAUUAGUUCGGAUCCAUUUUUCCAACCUUAUUCAUAUAAUGAAUCUACUAGUAGUAACACAAACACACCAAUAAAAAUUACUGAAUCUUCUGAUAAUGACAAUCGAAAAAACAAUGAUCAAUAUGAUGGACCAAGAACAGUCUGGGGAACGCCAGCUGUAUCCUUUGCCAAUGUUGCUAAAGAAAAGGAUUCAAAUGAACAAGAUAAUAAAGAAGAAUUAUGGAAUCUUCCAGAAGAAGAAAUUUAUGUUGGUAAAAAACAUAAAAAGAAAAAAUUAGUUCUAAUGUCAACAGGAGGUAAAAGACAACGAUAAAUUGAAUAAUUUCAUAGAUAAUUUCAAAUUUUUUUUUCGAAUUUUUUUUUU